UGUUGUGAAGGCACCUGGAGGAGUCUGGAGCAAUGCCACCACCUUCGGACAUCGUGAAAGUAGCUGUUGAGUGGCCAGGUGCUAAUGCCCAGCUGCUGGAGAUAGAUCAGAAAAGGCCUCUUGCAUCCAUCAUCAAGGAGGUCUGUGAUGGGUGGUCGUUGCCAAACCCUGAGUACUACACCCUGCGCUACGCUGAUGGUCCCCAGCUGUACAUCACGGAGCAGACUCGUUGUGACAUCAAGAAUGGAACUAUCCUACAGCUGGCAGUUUCCCCGUCUAGGGCAGCUCGCCAGCUGAUGGAGAGGAUCCAGUCACACAGUAUGGAAGCCCGACUGGAUGCCAUGAAGGAACUGGCUAAACUUUCAGCAGAUGUAACCUUUGCCACCGAGUUCAUCAACAUGGAAGGGAUUACAGUGCUGACACGGCUUGUGGAGAGUGGGACCAAGCUUCUGUCCCAUUACAGUGAGAUGUUGGCUUUCACCCUGACUGCCUUCUUGGAGCUCAUGGACCAUGGUAUUGUCUCCUGGGACAUGGUCUCAAUAACCUUCAUCAAACAGAUUGCAGGGUAUGUGAGUCAGCCUAUGGUGGAUGUCUCCAUCCUCCAGCGAUCCCUCGCCAUUCUAGAGAGCAUGGUGCUAAACAGCCAGACUCUGUAUCAGAAGAUAGCAGAAGAGAUCACCGUGGGGCAGCUCAUUUCUCAUCUGCAAGUCUCAAACCAGGAGAUUCAGACAUAUGCCAUUGCCCUGAUAAAUGCCCUCUUCCUGAAGGCACCUGAGGACAAGAGACAGGAGAUGGCUAACGCAUUUGCCCAGAAGCACCUGAGGUCUAUAAUCUUGAAUCAUGUGAUCAGAGGAAACCGCCCGAUUAAAACAGAGAUGGCACAUCAGCUGUACGUGCUGCAGGUCCUGACCUUUAACCUCCUGGAAGAGAGAAUGAUGACCAAGAUGGAUCCUAAUGAUCAGGCACAGAGAGACAUCAUAUUUGAGCUGAGAAGAAUUGCGUUUGAUGCAGAGUCUGACAGCAACACCCUCCCUGGCAGUGGAACCGAAAAGCGCAAAGCCAUGUACACCAAGGACUACAAGAUGCUGGGAUUCACUAAUCACAUCAAUCCAGCCAUGGAUUUUACUCAGACUCCUCCAGGGAUGCUGGCAUUGGACAACAUGCUCUACUUGGCCAAAUUUCAUCAGGACACCUAUAUCAGAAUUGUUCUGGAGAACAGCAGUCGAGAAGAUAAGCACGAGUGUCCCUUUGGGCGCAGUGCCAUUGAGCUUACCAGGAUGCUUUGUGAGAUCCUGCAAGUUGGGGAGCUCCCAAAUGAAGGCCGGAAUGACUAUCACCCCAUGUUUUUCACCCAUGACCGUGCAUUUGAGGAGCUAUUUGCCAUCUGCAUUCAGCUAUUGAACAAGACCUGGAAAGAAAUGAGGGCUACAGCAGAAGACUUUAAUAAGGUUAUGCAGGUUGUGAGGGAACAGAUCACACGGGCUCUUCCCUCUAAACCAAACUCCUUGGACCAGUUCAAGAGCAAGCUGCGCAGCCUGAGCUAUUCUGAGAUUCUGCGACUACGCCAGUCUGAGAGGAUGAGCCAAGAUGACUUCCAGUCACCACCUAUUGUGGAAUUGAGAGAGAAAAUCCAACCUGAGAUCUUGGAGCUGAUAAAGCAACAGCGCCUGAACAGGCUUUGUGAGGGAAGUAGCUUUCGAAAAAUUGGCAAUCGCAGAAGACAAGAAAGAUUUUGGUAUUGUCGCCUGGCUCUGAAUCACAAGGUGCUACACUAUGGAGAUCUGGAAGAUAAUGCCCAAGGGGAAGUGACCUUUGAAUCUCUACAGGAAAAAAUUCCAGUUGCAGACAUCAAAGCCAUUGUCACUGGCAAGGAUUGCCCACACAUGAAGGAAAAAAGUGCACUGAAACAGAGUAAGGAAGUGUUAGAAUUGGCCUUCUCGAUAUUAUACGAUCCUGAUGAGACCUUGAAUUUCAUUGCACCUAAUAAAUAUGAGUACUGUAUCUGGAUCGAUGGCCUCAACGCGCUCCUGGGAAAGGACAUGUCCAGUGAGCUGACCAAAAGUGACCUGGACACCCUGCUGAGCAUGGAGAUGAAGCUGCGGCUCCUGGACCUGGAGAACAUCCAGAUCCCCGAGGCGCCGCCGCCCAUCCCGAAGGAGCCGAGCAGCUACGAC